AUGUCUACACUAUCAAAUUCAUUAAUUAAAAAUUAUACAAAUAUUGUUGAUACUGAUGCAUUAUCUGAUAUAGAGAUAUUAGUUGGUAAAAUUCCAAAUACCGAAAUUUUUCGUUUACAUUCUUUCAUAUUAAAAGUUUGUUCUCCUUAUUUUCGUAAUUUAUUAUCAAAUGAACAACAGAUAAAAAUUGAGAAUAAUAUUAUUAGAAUUAAUAUACCAAAUAUUUCCGUAAAAAUAUUUAAAAUUAUUAUAAAGUAUAUAUACGUUAAUAAUUUUAAACCUGAAAAAUAUGAUUUUAAAACAAAUGCCGAACUUUUAAUUGCAGCUGAUGAAUUGAGUCUUAAUAAUUUAUCCAAUUUUAUUGAAAAUUAUUUAUUAAAGAAAGAAGAAUUAUUGAAACAAAACUUUGUUUUCGUUUUACAAGAUAUUACAAAUGAGUUAAACCGAUUUGUAAGAUUAUCAUAUUUUUGUAAUGAAUCUUUUCGAAAUGAUCCCUUAAUAAUUUUUAAAGCAAAAGAUUUCACUUUAAUUAAACAAGAAGUACUUAUUCGAUAUCUUGAUAUUAUUCAACAUUGUGCAAGACCAAUUGAUAUUUGGGAUAAAAUUAUAGAAUGGACCAACGCACAAUCUAAUGGAAUAUCAUCAAAUAUUACAAAAUUAAUAAUUCAACCAUUUAUUUCAUUCAUUAAUUUUAAAGAAAUAAGUCGUUUAGAUUUUUAUUUAAAAGUCAGAUCAUUUGAGAAUAUUUUUGAUGAUAAAUUAUAUAUUGAAAUAUUAGAACAUUAUAGUUUUAAUGAUUUUCAAAUAGUAAAUCAUAUAGAUUCUCAAAUUAUUAAUUUAAAAGAAGCUUCGUUUAUCGCUAAUAGAAUAAGAAUUACGAAAAGACAAAGACGAGAAGUUAUUUAUAAUUUUAAUUUACUUGUACGUGGAAGUAGAGAUGGAUUUAGCGAAAAAAUAUUUCAUGAAUAUUGUGAUGAUAAAGGACCUACAAUUACUAUCAUUCACGUUAAAAAUUCUAAUGAGAUUCUUGGAGGAUUUAAUCCAUUUAAUUGGGAAUCUUGGAAAUCCAAUAAAGGAUUUAUUGAAACUAAAGAAAGUUUUAUUUUUUCUUUAGAUAGAAAUAAUUUAGAAAAUUCUAUUUUUAGUAAGGUUGUUGAUAAUAAAAAUGCAAUAUAUAAUAGUCCAGAUUAUGGUCCAUGUUUUGGAGGUGAAAAAUCAGAUAUCGAAUUAUUUCGUAGAGAAAAAUAUGGUCGAUGUGUUAUGACAAGUUACGAAAAAGAAAUUAGACAAGAUGAAAAGUUUUUUGAAGUAGAUGAAUAUGAAGUAUUUCAAGUCAGUAAAAUAAUUUAA